AGUUUAGAGGAGAUUUGAGAGAAAGAGAAGAGAGACGUAUAGUUCUUGCGAUCGGUGAAGGGUUUUGCUUUACGGAAUAGUGUGGUUUCAAGAAGAGACCGUGAAUUUUGGCAGCACUAGGGAUUGCGCUGAACAGGCUUGCAGAAGAAGAAAAGGCCUGCAAAUAACAACAAGAAGCUGCUUGAAUCGCAUCAACUUCUGGAACUUGGCAUUGAAGAACAGAUUUAUUUUAGCCUCCCUUUUGACUCAUUCGGAUUCCUUUUUGUAAGAGUUGGACGCCAACCAACACCUGUUGUUCCACUGGAGAAGAUGAGUAUAAACGGAAGAUUCUCACUACAAGAGAGAAAUACACUGGUCGUGCCCGGUCAAGAUGCUCAAUGGAACUUUUCCUAACGAGUUUUUGAUGUACAAAACGACAGCAAACCCUUUGUGCCACGGCUUAAAAUAGCUCCUAAUCGCUAACAAACUUGUGAUGGAAGACUAUUUAUAGCAAACUUCAGAUGCUCGUGUAAAUAUUAGAAAUCUCAUUAGAUAUAAAUAGCUACCACUAGUGAGAAAAAGGUUUGUAUACUAUAUACAAGCAAAGAUGAGGAAAGAAUUACAAAUCACUUAAAAUAAAAUUUCAUUGAGUAUACAUUAAUAUUCCCCUGAUAAAUAUUCUUUAUGAAGGAAUUUGGCCGUGGCAAAAAAAUUGUGAACAAUUUUACUAAUGCAGCAUUCUUCACACAGGAUUACUUAAAUAUGUAAUGUUCAUUAAUAUUCUUGUUCUCACAGCAAAAAUUUAAAUUGGUGAUAUAUAUAUAAGUUCUUUACAGAAGCAAUCUUGAAUCAAUAUGUCUUCUCCGUGGUUUCGUAUGGACCAACUACUAAAGUGUAGUGUGUGUUCGGACAGGUUUCGAAAUCCGAAACUUUUGCCUUGUAACCACACAUUCUGCGCGGAACCUUGUCUCGAGAAAGCAGUCGAGAGGGGCAAACAACAGGUAAAAUGUCCAGAGUGCUCUGCAGAGCACAGGAUACCUCUUCAAGGAGGUGUCCAGGGCUUUCCGAAUAACGUUACACUGGGUCGAUUCCUGGAACUUCGUCAACAAGUUAGUGGUCGAGAACCUGAACUACCAGCUUCGAUGCAACGAUGCAAUACUUGCAAGGAGAAAGGACAGUUGGAAAUGUGUGCUCACUGCAGUCGCAAAGUGUGCAAGGAUUGCAAGACUGCACAUGUUAAUAUCUUGAGAAAAGAAAUUGCUCUAAUCAACGGACAAGUGAGAGAAGGUCUUCAGCAGUUGAGUUCAGCACUACACACUACAGAAGAAAACGCAGAGAAACUUCAGAAAAACUACAUACAGGUAAAAGACGAAAUAGAGGAAGUUGUACGUCGAUAUAAUCGAGACUUGUUGGACACGGAAGCCAAAUUAAAGCAUCAUCUAGAUAUCUACUUGAAAUCUGAACUCAAGAAUAUGAGACGACUUGAGCAUGAUCUCCAAAUCGAACUUAACAACGUUAACAGCAACUGUGAUUUAGUGGAUAAAUAUGUUAAUAAUGGUGUAGAUUGGACAGACGCUGAACUCACAGACUAUAAAGAAAUAUUCCAAAAGACUCUCGAAUUUCUAAGAGCUUUCGAUUCAGAUCCAACUGAUUGCAUCCGAAAAGUGAAAUUUCACCCACGCUCCGAUCCAGAUGUCAUACAUAAAACGCUAAUAGACUUUGCCGAAGUAAAACUGAACGACGAAUGUUUUAACACUGGAAGUAACGGAGAUAUUUCUAACACAGUCAGUAGCAGUUCUAGUAAUUUAAAUGGUCCAACAGUUACUCUGACUCCUCCUCAAAAUAAUGCUUUAUCCAGAAGCCAGAGUGAUCACAGGUUAGCAUCACAUAGACAAUCACAAAAGAAAGACAGAAUGCAGAAUGAAGACAUGGGGCCCUUAUCGAGGCGAUUUAGAGAAAGAUUUGCAAUGGACAGAGACAGCAGCGAAGGGGACAGCAAUAGGGAGCAUUCACCUUCUUCCUGGAGAAAGGAACUCGACGAUGUGCGGAGCAACCAGAAAAGUCGUUUCUCAUCGCGAGAAACUAUUGACGAAAGUGAUAGCUAUGAAGCUGAUGCAUAUUCUAGGAACAGAACAUCAUUCCGAAUCCCUGAAGAUGGUCACAUAUCACCAAUUAGAGAUCAUGUAACAGAAACGGAGGAUGCCACGAAAGGGCCCUUGAGCGGGGUUAUUAAAAUACUGGACAGUCCACAUGUAAUGGAGAGGCUACAUCAUAGUGAAGUUAAGCAGAAGAAACAGAAAGAGGAAGAAGAGAGAAAAGCAAAAAUGCCUCCUCCUGCUCCUCCUCCUGUUUCUAGACCCAUGACAAGACAAAUGAGCGAAGACGAAAUCGAAAAACAAAAGAAAGAAAACAAAGCUGCAGCCGCUGCCACGGCUUCUGCAACGGCCACAUCUAAUACGGCAAGUAGUAAGACCGUAUUAGGAAGUGAAACUUCAAGAACACCAAAAACAUCCACAACAGCAAAACCUGAAGAAUCACCUGCUCGCUCUUAUUUAUCAAAAUAUUCAUCAUCUCGAACUACUCUGGAAGAUUCGAGUCCACCUAGAACUAGAUCUUCAAGAGACACGUUAGAAGAUUCUACAACUCGAAGAAGUCAAAGAGAUACACAAACUCCAUCCCCAAGACUGAGAAGUUGGAGAACAAAUAAUAGUGCUGUGACAGAAAGAGAAGUGUCACAAAGUCCUCCUGGUUCUCCGACAAGAACAAGGGAUACACAAAAACCCCCAGUUUCGCCGAGGCCAACACCAACAGGACGACCAGCCAGCCGUCCAUUCUUAACAAAAAAUACAUCCUUAGAAAAAGAGGACUCUUCUCCGACUGACAACAGCACUACAUCUCCUACCCAACGACGUUCGAAUCUCACACCUGCCCCUCGCUCAGGUCCACUGAACAGGAAAGAGGACCGUCCGAAGUUGAGACUGGCCUUUCGACCUGAUCCCAGAUCCCCUUCUGUCAGCGACAGCAGCUCUACUUCCUCAAGCGACAGUGAUGACGAAGUAGAUAGUGAGACUGCAGUGAAUAGAGGAGAUAUAAGUCCUUCUGUUAACACACUGCUAGCUCGCAGUGCUCAAGCCAGAAAACAAAGUGCGUCCACACAAGCCAGAAUUCUAGGCAGACAAGAUGACAAGUCAUCCAGACCAUCGAACAGGUCUUGGAGAGACUCCAUUCGAAAGGAGGAGGAACCCUCAAGGGAUAUUUUAUCAUCUAGGAGAAAGACAUCUGUUACAGCUGAACCAGAAGGUCGAACGUCUCCUUACAGUCGUCUUUAUGAUGGAAGACGGUCAAGCAUUACAUCUGGUAGUCGAGUCCGCGACUUAAGCCCUGAAGAUUCGUACUCGUCGAGGAGAAAUCGAAUUGCUAGAAGUAAAAGUUCUCAUGAUCUCUUUCCAGCGGAGGAUAGUCCAGAAGACGACGCAUUGACCGCUAUACGUAAUCGUUAUAGGACACGAAGAACAAGGGAAAAAAGUCCAGAAGAAGCUCCUCGCAGUUGGUCGCAAUACCUGAAAAACAAGUAUGGAUCAUCAGGACGAGCAGCCACUUCAGGGCUCAUUAGAAGCCGAACAUCUUCUUCUCUUGCUACCGCAAAAAGCGGCAGUGACAACAGUUCCGAUGAAGACGAUACUCCAAGAAGACGAGAUUAUAGUCGGCGAGGAGACAGCAAUUCUCCUAGAGGUUUUAGUCUUCCAAGAAGGACUUAUAUGCAAAAAGGGAAGACAUGCUUCAAGUUUGGCUCUCGAGGCACUGAGCACGGAUUCUUUACCUGGCCGAGAGGUGUAUGUGUAGGACCUGAUAAUACUAUAGUUGUAGCUGAUAGCAACAAUCAUCGAGUUCAGGUUUUCAACUCUUCUGGCAAAUUCAUCCAGGAAUUUGGAUCCUAUGGCAGCAGCGAAGGUGAAUUCGACUGCCUAGCAGCCGUUACGGUCAAUAGAAUCGGUCAAUAUAUUGUAUCAGAUCGCUACAAUCACAGGUUGCAAGUAUUCGAUCCCAAUGGACGAUUCAUUCGAGCAUUCGGUUGCGAAGGCAGAAUGGAAGGCAAAUUUAGUUACCCCUGGGGAGUAGCAACGGACAACCUUGGUUUCAUUUAUGUAUGUGAUAAAGAGAAUCACAGAAUCCAAGUUUUCCAAGGCGAUGGUACUUACGUCACGAAAUUUGGUGGCAUUGGCCAACGUCCCGGUGAAUUAGAGCACCCACAUUACGUAGCUGUGAGCACCACCAACAGAGUUAUCGUGAGCGACAGCAAUAAUCACCGUAUCCAGAUAUUUGACGUAAACGGCCGACUUCUUUCCACAUUCGGGACAGAAGGAUCCGAGGAGGGGCAGUUCAAAUAUCCCAGGGGUGUCGCAGUAGACGAUCAAGGUUACCUGAUCGUCGGAGACAGCGGAAACAAUCGAAUACAGAUUUUUCAUCCCGAUGGCACUUUCCUGAAAGCUUUCGGGACCUGGGGAUCUGGAGACGGCGAAUUCAAAGGCUUGGAAGGCAUAGCGGUCUUCCCGACAGGCCAGAUCUUGGUCUGCGAUCGAGAAAAUCACCGCAUACAAGUUUUUUGAGAAAUAAUAGGAUAGCUAAUGCCCGGGCCAAUUGUGCAUUGAAGAUUCGUCGUAUUUCCAAGCUGUAAUCUAUCCUUUGAAGUCUGCUUCCUCAAACAAGCAAAUUCAUCCCUGUUUUUCUUUUCCUGGCUUUGAGGACAAUUUUUAUAGCUUUUAAUUGCCCAAAACUGAGAAUUUGUACAAUGUUUAUUUGAAAUGGCUUUACUCGCCCGUUUACCAAAUCCUGCGUCCAUUUCCGUCGUGACAUUCUUUUUGUAACUAAUGCUGUUGCUAUUAAAGUACGUAAGGUCAAAACUAAUUGUUUUUAUUGAAUAAAGUCAUACUAUCUGAA